UGUAACACAUACAACCUUUCAAUUGACUUUUCUUUAUAAACAUGCACAUAUUAUUAAAGAAUUUUUAAAUUUAAAGAAUGGUAUCUUGACAGUUGGAAAGAAAUGUUAAAAAAGUUUGUUGAAAGAACACACGACUACCACGUUUUUGGCCAACAAUCCUUCAACGCAACCGAAUGGUGGCAUCAUGCCGUUAUUUACCAAAUCUACCCAAGAACUUUCAAAGAUUCCAAUGGUGAUGGAAAUGGAGAUUUACAAGGUAUCAUCAGCAAAUUGGACCAUUUUCAAGAACUGGGUAUUGAUGCCAUUUGGUUAACACCAAUUUAUCCAUCACCUCAAAUUGAUGGAGGUUAUGAUAUAAGUGAUUAUCGAGGAAUUGAUCCCGUUUAUGGAACAAUGGACGAUUUUGAGGAAUUAGUUGCUAACGCAAAGGCGAAAGGAUUGAGGGUACUAAUGGAUUUAGUUCCGAAUCAUUCAAGUGAUCAACAUGAGUGGUUCCAAAAAUCAAUUAAGAAGGAAGGAAAAUAUGCCGAUUAUUACGUUUGGAAAGAUGGGAGAGGUGAAGACGGAAUGGAACCACCUACAAAUUGGAAUAGCGUUUUUGAUGGAGCCUGUUGGACUUAUCAUCCAGAGAGGUGUCAAUUUUAUCUUCAUCAGUUUGCAAAAGAACAACCAGAUUUAAAUUUUGAAAAUCCUGAUGUUGUACAAGAAAUGAAGGAUAUUUUAAUAUUUUGGCUUGAAAAAGGAGUAUCUGGUUUCCGAAUCGACGCAAUUCGUUAUCUUUUCGAACAAUUCAAAGACGAACCUCUUGCAAAUGACGGAUUAACGGACGUCCCAAAUUAUCACGAUUAUUACGAUCACAUUUACAGCGCUGAUCAAGAUGAAACUUACAACAUGGUUUAUCAAUGGAGGAAACUUUGCGAUGAUUUCACCGCUGUUCAUGGUGGCGAACCUCGAAUUCUUAUGACUGAAUCGUACACAAGCAUGAAAGAAGUUAUGAGAUAUUAUGGCGAAGGAGAUAAACUAAACGGAGUACAUAUUUCGUUUAAUUUCGAAUUAAUGGAAAUAAAAGCUAAUACAAGCGCUCGUGAUAUCGUUUUUGUAAUCCAUGAAUGGUUUGCUUAUAUGCCAGUUGGUGCAAUGCCGAAUUGGGUGUUAGGUACUCAUGACCAACAUCGUGUUUCAACGAAAUUAAAAAGUCGAGUAAAAGCAAAUAUGAUGAAUAUGUUAAUUUCAGUCCUUCCGGGAGUUAUGGUUACCUAUAACGGGGAGGAAAUCGGUAUGGAAAAUGGUGAGGUAACCUUUGAACAAGGGAAAGAACCUAGAGGUUUAGCAGCGGGUCCUAAAAAUUUUGACAGAGUUAGUAGAGAUUUUGAAAGAACUCCUUUUCAUUGGGAUGAUUCUAAUAAUGCCGGAUUUACGGAAAGCGGUGUGGAACCUUGGUUGCCGGUUAGUAAGAAAUAUAAAGAGAAUAAUUUGGUGAAGGAGAAAGUAACAAAAGCUUCGGUUUAUCAAAAUUAUAAGGCACUGUUGCGACUUAGACAGAGUUCAAAGGCGCUUCGUGAUGGUUCUUGGGAAAUACACUCGAUUAAUAAAGAUGGGAUUUUAGUUAUUAGGAAAUAUCCUGGGGAAAAAUCGGUUGUGUUCGUGUGCCAUUUAGGGGUUACAUCGAAUCCGUUCGAAAUUGAUUUAGUAACUUGUGGUUAUCAAGGGAUUAUUAUUUUUGAUGUCAUCGCCACCAGUAUUGAAGAGAAGUUUUCAUCGACUUUAAAAUUGGAUAAUUCUAAAUUAAUUUUAAAUCCAUACGAUAAUUAUGUUUUACUUGAAAGAAAAUAAAUUGUUUAA